AUGCAAAUUUUGUAUGUUAUUUAACCAACCCAUACAGUUUUUCUAUUAAUUUAUUGUGACUAUUAUAUACCAGUAAUUAAAGGAGCAGAACUUCAUCAUAAUCUGAUAGUGAUAAAAUUAAGGUAAUAAAGAUUUGAUAAAAUUUAAAAGACUUUAUACAGCUGAAAAGUUAAUUAAAAAUUUGGUACCAAUUUAAAAUAUCAUUUGUAUAAACUAAUUUAGACUAAUAUUUGAUCAUAUGAAUUCUAGUUUUUGAUAGUAAAAAGAGACUCUCAAAUGAAUAUAGCUAUUUAAUUGAGAGAUCAUCCAGAGAAUAUCCCUUUAAAUUAAAAUAUUGUUUAUAUAGUGGAAGAUCUAGAUUUGGAUAUGCUACUUCAAAUUCAGCAUAUAAAAUAAUUCAGAUCUAACAGCAGCAUAAUUUGUAAUUGAAACCUACAAACAACAUCAAUUAAUUUAAGUGA